UCCAAAGUUUGAGAUGCUUUAUUAUUAACUUAGUUUCUUAAAGCGUCUCAGUGCUCAAGACGUGUGAAUUAUAAUUAUGGUCAAUGACAUAUUGUUUCGUAUUAAUUAACAUUUACGAUGAAUAUAUACUUUAGUUAAUACUGACCACAUUCAUAUGAAAAUGAAUAUAACAACCGCUGAAAAUACAAACACUACUUCGGCAGGAGAGACAGCUCAUUUGCAGGACCUGGUGAUAGGAUGCGUGCUGGCAAUAUGUGGUAACCUGCUGAUUUCAGUGUCCCUCAACUUACAGAAAUACACGCACAUGAAGAAUGAGGCCCGUGAGGUUGCAAUCCACUAUACUAAGGACCCAAUGUGGUGGCUAGGGGUUAGCCUCAUGGUGAUUGGGGAGGUGGGAAACUUCUCUGCAUACGGUUACGCCCCAGCGUCGCUGGUUGCCCCCCUUGGCACUACCACUGUUAUAGCUAACAUGUUUUUGGCAGCAUUAUUUUUGAAAGAAAAAAUUGGACCUGAAAAUCUCUUUGGGUCUGCACUAGCUGUUUUGGGAGCUGUAUUAGUUGUCGGCUUUGCACCAAAGAAAGAAAAGAUAUUAGAUGGGAUCAUGUUGAUGUCUCUUCUUAAAAAUAUGGGAUUUAUUGUUUAUACCUGUAUAGAGCUGGCUAUCCUGGCAGUGCUGCUUUUACUGCUGCAUGUGAAAAAGAUGACAAGAGUCGUCAUAUACCUUUUAAUAGUUGCAAUCAUUGCCUCGUUCUCGGUGAUAUCAGCGAAGGCCGUGUCCAGUAUGGUCCAGCUGACAUUUGCUGGCGACUCCCAGUUGAAGUACAUCUCACUGUACGUCAUGCUCAUUAUCAUGGUCUCCACAGCCAUUCUGCAGGUCAAAUACCUGAACAUGGCGAUGAAGAAGUUUGAGUCCACCAUAGUUGUGCCAACCAACUUUGUAUUCUUCACGCUCAGUGCAAUCAUCGCUGGUAUUGUCUUCUACCAGGAGUUCAUGGGCAUGACGGCUCUAGAAAUAUUCAUGUUUCUCUUUGGAUGUUCCAUGUCCUUUCUUGGGGUAUACUUCAUCGUUGUAGGGCGUAAGAUUCCAGCGGCCGUUAUACAGGCCACACAGCCUGCGCCAGACCAGCCCCCACAGUCCAUAGCCUCACGCAUAUUCCCAUGUAAGGCUUGUUUCAUCUUUCCAGCGUGGCUCUGCGCUACUGUGAAUGUAGGCAAAGUUCAGCCGUCAGGUUACACAAGCCACCUCAACACUGAUGAGGAGAUGAGGCGCCCGUUUGUCGGCUCCGAUGCCGAAGACUCAGACUCUUCACAGGAGACGCUGUACACGACGACGAAGGAAACCAACGGUAGCGUGUUGUACACAAGGAAUUAUGGGGCAGACAACUGAAUAGGGCAGACACAACUGAAAAACACAGUGGUUAAAUAGCAUUAUGUGGCCAAAUUUUUUUCUUUGGUUAUAGGAUGGUGAUAUUUUAUGUUUGUUGAUUUGUUUGAAAUUUGUGUGUAAAUUAUUUAGUGUUAUCUGAGACGUUUUCACUGGUAUAAAUAGGCCAGACAGUACUUAGAACUUAUUUGACCACCUUAAGAUUACAACAUGUACAUGUGCUUCAAAUAAAACUUUGUUAUUAGGAUCAGAAUGCAUAUUUCUUCCUGCUUAAUAUAUUUAUUUACUUUUGAAAUGUUCCAUUUGCUAUUUGCGGGUAUUUUAUCAUAUUGUUGCUGAAAGAGCUUUAAGUGUAUAUUUAUUUGAAGGUAAAACUUAAGUAGUUUAUUUUUAUUAACCUACUUGAGAAUAACGUGCUUUUGGUGAGCUUUUGUGAUCACCUUUUGCCUGUUGUUAUACAUCUGUCAUCUUUCAUCAAUAUUUACCUUGUAAACACUAUAGGCCACAUUUAUUUACCAAUCUUCAUGAAACUUGGUUGGAACAUUAAUGCCGAGUUGUAAAAAAAUGUAGUCACAAACUAGAUCAAUAGGUCAUCUUCAAUGAAAGGCUUGUAAACACAAUUUUUUUGCCAUGUCAUGAAAUUUGCUGAGAACCUUUGUUCCAAUUAUACCUCAGCCAAGUUCAAAAGUGUUACCUUUACAAAAUCAUGACCAUGUGUUAACCUGGAUUACAAGUGUUAAUUAACUAGGUCACCAGACAAAUCUAAGAAAAACAUUGUUACCAAUCUAGAAUGAUAAUUUUUAAUUAAUGUUGAUGAAAAUUUGACAAUGUUCAUCUUCAAAUAUCAAGGCUGAGUUUGAAUCUGACUCACACGCAUCCAAAAACUGGGUCAACAGAUCAUUUUUAUGAAAAACUUUGUUUCACUCUAGAAGCCAUAUGUAUGACUCAGUCUUGAUGAAACUUUGGCAGAUAAGUUAUCUUGACAAGUUCUUGGACAAGUUUGAAUCUGGGACAAUUUUGUCAAAAAAUAAGGUCACAGGGUCAAAUGUUAUCAGUCGUGUUACCACUCUAAAGCCAUAUUUAUUACUCCAUCUUGAGGAAAAGUUGUCAGAAUGUUAAUACUGACAAUAUCCAUCCCAUGUUUGAAUAUAGGUAAAGUGGGGUCAAUAACUAGAUCACUAGGUCAAAGUGUGAAAUUUAAACUCAUGUGAGCACCAAAGCAUAAUUGCCCUAUUGUUGAUAUAAACUUUAACAUAAAUAUAACAUUUUCUGCUGAUAUAUUAAACUUAAGGAGUGAUUAGAUUCAGAAGUGAUGUAAUCAAUAGUAACAUGUAGCUUAAUUUAACCUUGUUGGGAUGCUGUUAGAAACAAUAGGGUUUGGCCAAGUAUUAUUUUAUUUUGAUGUAUUAUUUGAGUUCAUUAUGUGUACCGGUAUACAUCCUCGUGUGAUCCAUAAUAUUUGAUGAUUACAAUUCUUAACCCAUUUAUGCCUUGUGGACUCUCCCAUCCUUCUAAAUUGGAUCAAUUUGUUUCCAAAAUUAGGGAUGUCUAGUAUAUUUAUUUCUAUAUUAAGAAUAUUUCUUACAUAAAUUCCUUUAAGCAAACAGCGCAGACCCUGAUGAGACGCUGCAUCAUGUGGCGUCUCAUCCGGGUCUACGCUGUUUGCCAAGACCUUUUUUCUAGAUGCUAGGCAUAAAUGGGUUAAUAUUGACAUUAUUGUAUUUGUAUUAAGAUGAAUUUACUUGAUUUGUUAUUUGUCCAAUUGUGUGUUAAUUGACUUGUGUUGAUUGAUUUGUAGGUAUUUUGGGUUCAUUUUGUUCAUGGUUGCACAAUAAGCAUAAUUACAACAAUGUUAAGUGUUCAUUAUAACAUGCAAAGAGUUUGAGUGUAUACUAGUUUUAGAUAGGAUAUGUUGUAAAUCUUCAAGUUUCAAGAAUAUGUAUUGAUUAUGAGCAUGAUGAAUACUUGAGACCUCUCGUUGAAAAUAAGUUUUCAAUAUACUGUGAACAAUUGUACAUACAGACAGAUAUGUGUCAAAGCAUUGUAUGUGAUAAACAAUUUUUAAGCACAUAAAAUAGUUUCACAAUUAAACUGUGAUAGCCUUAGAAAUAGAAUAAUGGAAUCUACCCAGUUAUGGUGACUAAUGAUAUUAUGUGUUGUUUAUACAUUAAUGUGCAUCACCGUGUGCACUGUAUAUGAUUUGUUUAAGUCUCGGUUGAGAAUUUCACUGCAUGUGUACUGUUUUCUUUAUGCCUAUUAGUGGAAUUAUUAGAAACGUUUGAUUUUUUUUAAACUGACAAAAGUUUAUUAUCAUACAGUUUAUUAUCACAAGUGUUAGACUUCAGAAAGUGUUUGAGAGUACAAUGUAAAACAAAUACAAUGUUUAUGUUUAACGUUAUCAUAAACCUAUUGUAAAUAUAUGACAUUUCUAUAUCAUAUAAAACCAUGUUCCUUCUGUUUUCUGAUAUUAUGAGGUAACAUUCCACUCACUUCCUGAAUCAAAAUUCAUGUUUUUGAUUUAUUGUUUAUAACUGCUAAUCUUUUAAUUAUUGUUGGUAGGGGAUGAAAAUUUGAAUAGUUAUAAAAUGAGAUGUUUAUUUUUAUUGCAUGUAGGUUUAGAUAAUUUGCCACAUUCAUUGUUUUUAGCUCACCUGUCACGAAGUGACAUGGUGAGCUUAUGUGACCGUGUGAUGUCCGGCGUUCGUAUGUGUGUGUGCGUCCGUCCGUCAACAAUUUGUUUGUGUAGACAGUAGAGGUCACAGUUUUCAUCCAAUCUUAAUGAAAAUUGGUCAGAAUGUUCAUCUUGAUGAAAUCUGGGUUGGGAUUGUAUUUGGGUCAUCUGGGGUAAAAAACUAGGUCACUAGGUCAAAAACUAGGUCACAUAAUAGGUCAAAUAAUAGAAAAACCUUGUGUAGACAAUGGAGGUUGCAGUUUUCAUCCAGUCUUUAUGAAAUUUGGUCAGAAUGUUUAUCUUGAUGAAAUCUGGGUUGGUAUUGUAUUUGGGUCAUCUGGGAUCAAAAACUAGGUCGCUAGGUAAAAAACUAGGUCAAAUAAUAGAAAAACCUUGUGUAGACAAUAGAGGUCACAGUUUUCAUCUAAUCUUUAUGAAAUUUGGUCAGAAUGUUCAUCUUGAUGAAAUCUGGGUUGGGAUUGUAUUUGGUUAGUCAGGUGAGCUAUUCAGGGCCUUGUUUAAAUGAUUUGAUUAUUUGAUAACAUAUGCUUUUAACAGUUAACAGUCCUAAUUUUAUUUUACUCUUGUACUUUCAAUAAAAUUGUAAUAUAUAGUCCUCCUGAGAAUAUGUUUAUAACCAAAGUGUGAUGGUGAAAUGGAAGUGGGGGGGGGGGGGUCAAAGAGAUAUGCCUAUUAUUAAUCAAACAAGUGAAAGUUGAAAAUAAACUGGUUUCAUUUUCAAGGACAAUUCGCAUGUGCAUUCACAAAAACACUGGUAUGGCGUUCUUCAAGGAAACUUUGGGAUCUUCUCAAUAUUUAAAGGAAAGUAUAUCACUUCAGAAGGACAUAGUUGUGUUGUCAGUUAUUAUACCAAUAUUCAGAUCUGUUGUUUCUGAUACUUCCACAUGUGUUAUUGUAGAUUAUCUUUUUACCACUUAGAUAUGUUAUUUUGACGCAUUUGUAGUCCCUCAGAAAAUUAAAUUAAGUUAAAGACCUUUCUUGCUAGAUUCAAGUUUUAAAGGCUUCAUUUCCAACCCUUAGAUACUGAUGAGCAGCAAACACCAUAAAACCUUAACAGACUGCGAGUUACUCGCAGGUUGUUCUGGUUUUAUGCCGUUGGCACAUAGCCAUUUACACUUGGCGUCUGAGAGAGAAAGGGUUAUAUCUCAGUUUCAGAUAAUAGUAAUUAUCUGGGAAAUCUGCACUAACUAAUCAGGGAUGGAACUUUGCUCCUAGACUGGAUUUUAGUAAGGAAAUCUGCACUAACUAAUCAGGGAUGGAACUUUGCUCCUAGACUGGAUUUUAGUAAGGAAAUCUGCACUAACUAAUCAGGGAUGGAACUUUGCUCCUAGACUGGAUUUUAGUAAGGAAAUCUGCACUAACUAAUCAGGGAUGGAACUUUGCUCCUAGACUGGAUUUCAGUUCAGAAGAGACUUCCUCUAAAUGAACAAAUCUAUGAAAUGGGAAAGUGUCAUCUGGGGUGAUACUUUGGGCUCAAGCAUUAAGCCCGGUUUUCUCAUGUUGCUGCUCAUAUGUGCUUACUGUUCUCAUUUAUGGUUAAAUAUUCUCAUAGAUCCUUAGCAUAAGCUUCAAUACUUCAGUUAUUUGAUAGCUUCAAAUCUGUUUUUUUUCUUAGGUCUGGAGAUAUUUGUUUGUGCUAACAUCAAAUACUUAAACUCAAUAAUGACCAUUAAGUAUGUUUUGUAUUUUUAUUUUAAUGGAAAGCGGUAUAUCAAGUCUCUUUGAGUUUUUUUAUGAGACAAGUUGGUAACAGCUUUAACAAUGAUUUAAUUUACUUAUUAAGUUAUUAGAGAAUUACAUAUUAUUUAAUGUAUUGUUUGGGACCAGUUGUAGAAAUAUUGUGUAUUGUACAUAAACCUGAUGUAUUGUGAUAUGUUAUAGAUCGGAAUAAUAGAAGGAAAUGGGUAAUUACAUGUAUCUGCUAUGAUUUUGCAUAUAAGUAAUUUAUGUAACGGUAUGUAUUGUUACAUAAUUGUAAGAUAUCAUAAUGAUUGUGUUUGUUUCAAAUGAUUAUAUACUACAUAUUUGAUUUUUUUUUUAUUGAUGUUGAUUGUUUAGAAAAUAAAGAUUUAUUUUGCCUUUUUUGACACAA